AUGUCUGAAUUGACUGGAUUCCUUGAGUCCAACCUAUCGCAAGCUGAAGGGUACUCGCGCGUUUUCGUCGAUGAGACAGGUCAAGAGUUGAGCAUAUUUGUGGAGACCGCGGAGUUCGCUUAUCGUCCGAAACUUGUCCGCUCGUUGCGAAAAGGAGGUGCGCGCAUUGCGUACUAUCCCACAGAAGCACGAGUUAUCUUGGUGGACGUGGAGACGGAGGCUGGAAAGCAAUUUGUUCAUGAUUGGGGUUCUGAACCAGGCAAAGCCGUCUUAAACUGGCGAUGGGCAGCAAAGGCCAUAGAGCUGGGCAGAGCACCACUAUCAAGCGAGGACUGGGGUGGCUUUCGGCUCAAGCGAGGCAGUGAUGGCGGUGUUGUCGACUUUGAACAGUCAGUACAUGCAGUUCUAUGGUCUUCGAUGCACGGUCAACUAAUGUGGAGAAGAAGCCCCUUGCCCACUCCACGACAGACACCUCCAGAGGCUGGUCCUUCACAGCCGAAGGCAGCCGCAAACCUGCCUUCCUCCUCUCAGCAAAAUAUCGCUGCGCUAUCAAUCGCUGCACGAGAGCUUGUCGCUGAAAAUCCGUUCAAUCCUAGCCUGCAGAACCUUUCAAACAAUCACCAGCAGGCGAAUCCCAUGCUCUUCAUGGCCGCACCCGCCACAUCCACCCUGCCUGCACCUUCGCAGCCUCCGCCGCCUCCCACGCCGUUUGCUGAAACCGCUGCUAUGUUGCAAUUGUUACUACAGUCGCAAGCGAGCACUGCGAUGGCUUCAAGUGUCCUUGCCUCCAAUCCGCCUCCGGCUUUGAAUCAGGAUCAAACCCUUGCUAGCGCUUCUCAGUUCAAUCAGUCACCUAGUGUUGCAGCGUCGGAUUUCAUGGAUGUUGGCACCAGUAAUGUCAUUGACUCUCAUGGUAGCAGUGAUACACGUGGCUCCUCUCCUCCUGCUCCUCAGGUCCUACCUCCAUCUCUCAAACGUAAGACAUCUCCUUACGGGGUUCCAUCUCCGUCAAAGGGAAAGGAACGUGCGGUCUCACCUCCACGACCCACCAAGACACUUCGUACAGGCACCCCUCCCCCCGACGAUGCAGAUUCUGCUGUGAUGCCUCCCUUGUCCUCGCAGAAAUCCUUCUCUGGAUCGCCACGCGAUCCCGGAAAUGCUCUCGUCACCGAUGAAGGGGAAUCAACGGCAAUUUGGGUCCAAAUGGAGACGAGAAAGAGAAGCGACCUAUUGCAAGUCAUCAAGAAAAACGGCGGGAGGAUCGUCGCGGAUGUACUCGACGCUGAUGUCGCGGUGCUCGCUCGGCUCACUAAAUCCUUCGAGCAUUGGCUCAAGCUAGCGCAUCAAGCCGGCACCCCCGCAGUUCGGCCGCAAUACAUUCAUGAUUGCAUUUCAGACUCAGCGCUGCUCAAGACAGAGCCGUACGAAUAUGAAUAUGUUCCGGAGAAGCGUAAGAGAGGGCGGCCGUCAAAGAACCCAUACAAAGAAAGCAGUCCUCGGAAGAAGCCUGAAAGCAAGCCAAAGCCCAAAUCGCAGCAUAGCACUACACAACAUCAAGCUCGAGUGAAUGAGAGGAUGGACAAUCAAGUACCGCCUAUUCACACGGAACCGUCGCCUCCUCCUCCGUCAAGGGUAGUACAAUGGACAGAGGGCAAAAACUUUUAUACACAGGAGGAGAUGGAAUACUUUGAGAAGUAUGGUGCAAUUCUGUUGAUGAGGGAGCCUGAUAUGCCAAAGGGCACACUCGCAGCGAAAAUGCAUCACAAAAUGCCUCAACAUUCACUGGGAUCAUGGCAAACGUGGAUGAUAAAGAAGAAUGCGGAGAUAGACGAGUGGAGGAAGAGAGGCUUCGUCGCGCAACGAAAGGCCAGCCACGUAAAUGAGAAGCAGAGCAGUACGCCUCCGUCCACUGAUGUCGUUGCAAAUGCUUCGCCAUCAGCGACUUCAAGAAUGCAAAUGCAGAAAGCUAUUCAUGGUGAAUUCGAGGUAAUGACCGAGUUUCUUGCUCGGGGCGGAGCAGACAACAGGUCGGAUGAUGAAGUGUGGAACGAACUAGCUAGAAGGUACCCAUCUCUAACGCCUUUGCAAUGGCGAGACUAUUGGAACACACAUGGAAGAGAGGUAAACGCGGAGGUUGAACGGCUGAUGGGUUUGUAUAAACAGGCCUCUGAUCAAAAAACAUGA